AUGACGCGGACGGUCAAACUCUGGACGCCUUCACUCGAGCGAGAGUUCCAUAGUGCUGUCCAGGAGCUGCACGGGGUGACGCAAAUUCCCUCGAGACCGGAAGGAUACGCUCAUGCGCCUAGUCCGACAACACCAGCAGGGUCUCAUGUUCUGUCGUUGCAGGAUGAGAGCCAGCUGGCGGACGACCUGGCGUUCCUGUGCCAUUGCCAGGACGGCGUGCAGUACGUGUCAGCGGUGACGGUGCAGGAGCAUGAUGCAGGCCUUGUAAUCGUUAUUGCAAGCAACGAGACGCCCUCGGAUGAGGUCGUUGAUGGGUUGAAGAAGAUCCUGGACAUUGUAGUUGAAUAUGGGAGCAGAUGGACAGAACGCGAUCGCGAGAACUUUUGUCAGAGAUUGUUCGAUGAGGUCCUUCGUCUCAACCAGGCUAGGAUCCUCGGCCGUAUUCGGCCUCCAAGCUGGCAACCGCCACCGCAUAUCGCCAACAGGGCCAAGCAGAAGCCUUCUUUAUAUUCUGACGUGCGCCACGCCAUGAAAAUCCUCAGAACAAGCGCGAGCUCCUUGCAAGGCAUGGAAGAGAUAUCUUCAAGACUUGAAGAGCUGAGAGAUUGCUUGCGUCAUUUCAAUCACUCUUGGCAUCCGGACAGCCCAUAUAACGGCAUUGACCGUAUCGUCCAAGCAUGUGUGGCGCUGGCAAAUCUGGGCGAUCGACGCUCUCUGGAGAAACACCUCGAGUCUCUCGGCGUCGCGGCCAACACUACGGAGAGCGCCGUCGCUCGGCAGAUCGAUAAGCUGGCGCGAUAUUCUCUGCUCUGCAGGAGCCUUUUGCGCAUGGCGAGGCAGCAAGAGUACAACAGCCUGUUCAGAGCCGUCUCGGUGGUCGCCCUGCCAGCUUUUCCAGCCAUAGCCCGACGAACAACGGGCCAGAUUGCGAGCCACGAGUGCCACGUCCACGCAGAGGUGCAGCAGGUCCUCCACUACGAGCAGAACCCGUACGCUCCGCGGCCAAGGGCCAUCGGGUGCAGCAAGUCUGCGUGCUACCUGUGCGAUAUGUUUAUCGCCCAGCAGGGAGAUUACAUCAUCACGCAUGCCCAUAGGCGGCUGUACAACAAGUGGACGCUGCCGGACGCGACGUGGAUGGAUCGUGCCCAGGUGCAGCGUUAUCGGGGCGUUCUCAGAGCCAUGGUUCGUCUUUUGCAAGGGCAGAUCCAGAUGUGCCGUCGGCCAGGACAGGUUCCCGGUCCGUACCCUAAUGAGAGCGUGGCCGUCCUGCGGACUUUUCUCAGCGACUCAACACUAAGUCGCGGAAGCAGUGUUGGGAAAGAGAGUGUCGUCCGGAGCUCCUUUGGGGAAGCUCGCUCGUCCUCCAAUGGCUCCUAUUCAACACUCUCGACGAUUGUUGAGUUGCAGGAGUUACCCCUGGAACAAGAGCUUAACUUCGGCCAAGGGCCAGUCGAGGUCGAGGUGGGCAGAUCGGUCUUCUCCUUUGAGUCCCUCAAUAAGCAGUCAGCUGUUUUGUUGGUCGCACGCUUGGCUGCACCGGCCGGAGGUUUGGCGCGCUCUGUUGAUGUUGACGACAUACCCACAGAUGAUGAGAUGAGGGUCGCAUGCUCCGGGAGUUCGUCUGAAGUCAAUUUCGACGUGCGGGUCGACGAGGGGCUUUUCGUCCAUGUCACAGUUCGGUGGGUCGAGGCAGAAGGUUCUGUGGAAUGA